AUGGUCGACAACUUCACGUCCGAGAUGAGAGAUCGUCAGGCCCGGGGCAAAGAUCCAUACCACUCGGGCGAUGGUUCCGAUGACGGCAGCCUGACUGACCGCGAAUCGGGGCCUGGGUCCAGGUUGCGGCUAGGGACUGGCCGCGUUGAGAAGGAGGACUUCGCUCGGGUUGAGCGCCGUCAGAAGGCCAUCGCCUUCCUCGACAACCCAGAGCUGCUCAUGAUGUAUGCUCAAUCUACGGGGGAGAGUAUUCCGGCCGCUCGUCUCCAUUUCACGAAACUCCUGUGCGGUUACGACGGGGAGGAGGCACAGCACGGCACCGCGUACGGUUCCCACCUGAGUCCUCGUCGAGACCUUCAGUCAGCGAACAAGCAGAGAGGUGGCCGCGACACCAGGACCAACAACUAG